AGGUUGCCUAGGUCUCUGACCAAUCACAGGGAGGUGGUUGUUCUCUCUUUAGUUUCUCGGCAGCAUCCGUGGCUCUUUGGCAGCUUUGGCUCUCGCUUUGCUUUCGCACUUUGACGCGAGCUAAGAAGGAAGCUGCGAAUUUCAACAUCGGACGGCAUAUUUAGCCUUCGACCCAUGGGAUGUCUCGCGUUUCCUUACGUUGCACCGUGAUUUGGGUCCUGCUGACGCCGGUUUUCUGGGGCACUCGGGCCCGCACAACAGAGUAGCAUCACAACAAGCCACACAGCAAGAUGCGUGGGUUGCUGUCCAUCUGCGAUCAUGGCAGUUAAUAGGCCGGAUCGUACAGCUCUGGCCCAAGCUUUGAGUUGCCGGAUGCGUUGAGCGACAGUCCCACAGACAGGCAUGGCGAAGUUUCGAGUACCGGGUCGCUUUGUGCUGGCCAGCUUGCUGUUUGGAGGAAUGACAAUCUUGUCGACACAGAAAUUUGACCUUGGCAUUGCCAUUAUUGCCAUGGUUCACGAGACAGCACCUCCGGCGGUGUUCAAGGAACCAGAGAACAACACGGUGCUGUUACCUCCCACGGCAUGUUCAAAUGUUGCGAAUGGCACUUGCGAGGACGACGAUGAGCGCGCAAACCGCUUCUCGACGUUUGCCUGGUCGCCCGCCAUUCAAGGGGUCGUCCUGGGGUCGUACUUCUACGGCGUCAUGGUGCCGCAGGUCCUGGGCGGCCGCCUCGCCGAGCGCUACAGCGCCAAGUGGGCGCUUGGCAGCGGCAUGCUCGCUUCUUCCUGCCUCUCAUCCAUGACCCCGUGGUCGGCCAGUCUCGGGGUGGCGCCCCUGGUCGUGCACAGGAUAAUCCUCGGCUUUGUGCACGGGCUGAGCAUGCCGGCGGGGGUGGCACUGGUAGCCCGGUGGGCACCCAAGAAGGAGCGAAGCACCUUCAUGGCCAUCAUAUUCUGCGGUCGCUACCUCGGCAUCGUGGUUGCCAUGUUGCUCUUUGGACACCUCUCCGGAACUGGCAUUGCAGGGGGCUGGCCUUUUCCCUUCUACGUCUCAGGGAUCAUCGGGAUUUCGUGGACAAUACUGUGGUAUUUUCUGGCUUACGACGACCCCGCUUGUGACCCGAAGGUGGCAGAACCUGAACUAUGCAAGAUACGAGACACUAACAUGGUUGGACCUCUCAAAGUGGAGACAAUGAAGCGACCAGUCCCGUGGGGUGCAGUGCUGACGUCUGCACCAGUGUGGGCCCUAGUGGCUGCACGUUUCUCGAACAUGUGGGUGUCUCUGCUCCUUUUCACCAAGCUGCCUUCUUAUGCAAAGUCUGUUCUGAGCCUCUCCAUCAAGGAGAAUGGAAACUUCAGUGCAAUUGUGUUUACUUUCACAAUCUUCUCCAUGCUGGGCUCUGGCGUUUGUGCGGACUUCCUUCUUCGCCAAGGACUGAAGCCAACGUUCGUCAGGAAGUUGUUUCAGCUAACAGCCAACCUGGGGCCUGCACUGUGCCUUUUUGGGCUCACUGUGGCUGGCACUGACCACUGGCUUGUGCUUUCCUUGCUGGUCAUUGGGAAAGUGACGCUAGGAGCAUUCACCGGUGGAAACGCACCCGCAGUCGUAGAUUUGGCGCCAAUGUACUCGGCCACCCUGAAUGGGAUGAUCACAACCUUUGGGCAAUCAACGGGCAUAUUCGCUCCUCUGGUUGCUGGACUGUUGAUCGAUCCCACAAAGGGCAGUCAAGUGGCACACUGGUCCCGAAUCUUCUACCUGUCAGCAGCCAUAAGUUUACUGGGAGGGGCCAUCUUCGCCAUUUUCGGAUCAGCCGAAAGGCAGUGUUGGGCUGAUCCGGAUUACAACAAGUCAGUGCGGCUGAAAGACCCUGCUGAGGAAGGAGUCACUUCAGAAUCUGUGCUGAUCAGUGCAACAGAGCUGCCAGCCUCACAGUUGCCGGUGAACAGUUAAUUGUGCCUGGAGUGUUCUGUGCCAAAACCAAACUUUUUUUUUGUGGCUCUUCAGUGGAGCUUGAUGUAACAGUGCCUCGAGAACAGUCAACAUUGGAAGGAGGAGUAUGCUUUGUGAUUCAGUUAGAAGAUAUGUGUCACCUUUCAUGAUUGCAACGUCAUCACUUGGACAUGAUCCUUUGAGGACAAUCUGCAUUGUUUGUCGUUUCCUAUUUUGUAUGAUGUUUGGUGGGGAAUCCUUUUAAGACCUGUUUUGUGGUUUGCUUUUACUGGGGUCCUGAGGCCUCCAAAAUCUAAACAAGGGAACCGUGCUUCAUAGAAAAACAGGGGCCAAACAAUUUUUUUAAUUUUGCUGCAGAUCUGCAGAUACGGCUCUUGUUUAUAUGGUGAAACAUUAUUAUUAACUAAGGUCUUUUAACUCUUUAUUUGCAAGUUUCCUGAACUGUUGAUUUUGUUGUGAUACUUUUAGCAUGUUUCACAUGUAGUUUAUUUUUUACUUUGCUGGAACCCCAGCAUAUGUGUUCAGUGGAAGCAAAGGUCCAUUUAUUAUACAUUGACAGCUCUAGAUCUGAACUUCCAAGCUUUUAAAGGCACACAUUGUGUUACAAACUGCAAUGCCAGGAGGUCAAGUAGAGUGCCUAUCUAGUCCUGGAGACAACUAAUUGCUGGGUGAAGGUUUCAAACAAAUACAGGAGUGUAAUGGGCCUCAGGCAUUUUGCUGUGUUUUGGUACUAAACCUGAGAUGUCCAAGAUGUUUGUAUUCAAUUGUGUGACAAACAAAAGCAAUCUUCAGCUAUGUCUGCUGCUCAUCAGUCUUGUUGCCCUACAUUGUCUGGCGAUGCAAUAAACAUGAUUUUAACUUA